AUGCUGCCUCGAGGGGACGACUGGAGAGACAUCCGGGCCAACCUUAACACAUGGUUCCUGAACACGGUCCUCCCCAACACGGCCAUGGAGGAUAUCUAUCAAUGGCAAGACCGCGCCAAGUCAAAUUCGGUGCAUGUAUUUUCCGAGAUCAUCAUUGUCGACCGAUGGACUGCACACCAAGUCCCAGGGAGUGAAGCACAGGUGUGGAACAAGAUGACCGCCGAUAUCAUGGCCUCCCCAGCGCCUUUCGACUGGUGGUCGCCUCUCCGACACUCGCUGAUGCAAAGGAUCGGCAUCGAAGGAAAUGCGCGGAGCAGACCCGUCAUCACCUACAUCGAUCGGCAGGCCACAGGGCGGAAACUCGUCCAAGAAGACCACGACGCCUUUGUCACGGCGCUCGCCAAGUUCGGCGAGGACCACGACGUCGAGAUCAACUCCGUGCAGAUGGAGCACCUCUCCAAGGCAGAGCAAUUCGACAUCGGCACACGGACGGAUGUAAGCGCCGCUCUCCUCCGCUGCGCUGUGCUUGACACGACUACCGGGCAGAUUAUGGUGGGCGUGCAUGGGAACGGGCUGUCGCACCAGAUGUGGAUGAAAGCGGGUGGGACGGUGCUGGAAUUCUAUGAUACAGGCGGUUUUAUGCGGGAUUAUCAACUGCUGGCGGAAGCGAUGCACCACACCCACUACGUUAUCUGGAACGACACCAUCCACGAUAAAUGGCGGGAGAACAAGAAAACAUUGAUGACGAAGAACUUCAACAACGUGCAUUUGCACACGCCAUUUGUGAUCGAGUUGCUAGAUUCUUUGGUCAAACAGAUCAGGGAUAAGCAACGGUUGUAUCUCUAG